ACAACUGAUGACCGCUGUGGUGAGAGGAAGCUGUCCGGUGCCACAAUGUUUCCAAGUGUUUUGAUAGCCCAGUUAGUCCUGUGUAACAGUGUUUGUGUGGUGGCGCACUCUAAUACCUCCUCAGGUAUUUUUCCAAGUGUGUUCAACAUGUCUGUGGACUGGGUAGGAUAUGGAUAUGCAGCCCUCGUCGCAUCCGGGGGAGUCAUUGGUUAUGUGAAAGCAGGCAGCGUCCCCUCCCUGGCUGCUGGUCUCCUUUUCGGUGGCCUCGCUGGCUUUGGUGCCUACCAGAUCUCCAAUGACCCCAAAAACAUCUGGGUGUCUCUCGCCACAUCAGGAGCUCUGGCUGGCGUUAUGGGAAAGAGGUUCUACGGAUCCAGGAAGUUCAUGCCAGCUGGUUUGAUGGCUGGAGCAAGUCUCCUGAUGAUGGGGAAGCUCGGAAUAGCGAUGCUCCAGAAACCCCAGGAAUCGUGAUGAUGUGACGAUCUCAACACACUCAUAAUGUAUAAAUACCAGUUUCCAUCCUCUUAUUAUGGAUCCAAUCUAUUGUUGCAGAAGUAGCCUGUCAUCUCAUCUUUUAUUGUUGAACGUUAAUGUCAAUUUGUAAAAAGAGGUGUAUAAUAGACAAAUAAAUAUAGUGCCAUGUUUAUAUAAUAAUGAGAGUGAUUGGCUUAUCUUUUUUUAAACAUGAAAAAAGCACCACAAACUCUGA